AUGAUUAGUGCAUUGUUUUUGAUGAAUGGUAAGGGUGAAGUCCUUAUUUCACGUAUUUACAGAGAUGAUAUCAGUCGUGGUGUUGCAAAUGCAUUUAGACUCGAAGUUAUUGGAUCACAGGAAACUAGAUCACCAGUUAAAUUGAUCGGUUCAACAUCAUUUAUGUAUAUUAAGGUUGGUAAUAUCUAUAUUGUGGGUGUAUCAAGACAAAAUGUAAAUGCAUGCAUGGUAUUCGAGGUUUUACAUCAAUUAGUAGAUAUUUUCAAAUCCUAUUUCGAUACAAUUGAUGAAGAUUCAAUUAGAAAUAAUUUUGUUUUGGUUUAUGAGUUAUUAGAUGAAAUAUUGGAUUUUGGUUACCCACAAAAUUGUUCAACUGAUGUAUUAAAACUUUAUAUUACUCAGGGACAAGGUAAAUUAAAAUCACUUGACAAAUUAAAACAAGAUAAAAUUUCUAAAAUUACAAUUCAAGCUACAGGUACAACACCAUGGAGAACUCCAGAUAUUAAAUACAAAAGAAACGAACUUUAUAUUGAUGUUGUAGAAAGUGUAAAUUUAUUAAUGUCAGCUGAGGGUAAUAUACUUAGAGCAGAUGUAUCAGGACAGGUUAUGAUGAAAUGUUAUUUAUCUGGUAUGCCAGAAUGUAAAUUUGGAAUGAACGAUAAAGUUAUUAUGGAUAAAGAAAAGACACAAGGUGCAGCAAGAAGUGGAGCACGUCGUGCUAAUGGUAUUGAAAUCGACGAUAUCACAUUCCAUCAAUGUGUACGUUUAGGUAAGUUCGAUAGCGAUCGUACAGUUAGUUUCAUUCCACCAGAUGGUGAAUUUGAACUAAUGAGAUAUCGUACUACUGAGCACAUUAAUCUUCCAUUCAAAGUCAUUCCAAUUGUUAGAGAAAUGGGUAGAACUCGUUUAGAGUGCUCUGUAACAGUCAAAUCAAAUUUCAGUAGUAAAAUGUUUGGUGCAAACGUUAAAGUAAUCAUCCCCACACCAAAAAACACAGCUGUAUGUAAAAUUGUCGUUGCUGCUGGUAAAGCCAAAUAUAUGCCAGAGCAAGAUGCUAUUAUUUGGAGAAUAAGAAGAUUCCCUGGUGAUACUGAGUUCACUUUAAGAGCUGAAGUUGAAUUAAUGGCCUCUGUUAAUUUAGAUAAGAAGGCAUGGUCCAGACCACCAAUUUCAAUGGAAUUCCAAGUAACAAUGUUUACUGCCUCUGGUUUCCAUGUUAGAUUUUUAAAAGUUGUCGAAAAAAGUAAUUACACUCCAAUCAAGUGGGUUAGAUAUUUAACCAAAGCUGGUACAUAUCAAAAUCGUAUUUAA